AUGUCUCGGUCAAGUACAGACGUAUCGCAGCCGGACCUCGGUGAAGAAAAAGCCCACACUGGCUCCAAAAGACACUCUAGCGAUAAGACCGACGACGAUUUCGACCGCACCAAGUCCGAGGAUGUAACUUAUGCUCCAAUCACCUCCCCGGGUACCCACAACAAAGGCAGCGCACCACUCCAGAAACAGCGCUCGAAUGCGUCUAAAUCAGUCGCAUCCAGGUCGCUGGAACGCAGCUGGUCGCUGAAUGACGGCGUCAGUAUUGGCGGCCAUGAAGUUGACGAGGCUGCUGUGGCGAACGAUGAUGAAGCGUAUACUGUGGGCUGGGACGAGAACGAUCCCAUGAAUCCGCGCAAUAUGAGCAAAGCCCGACGGUGGUUGGUUGUCAUCAUUGUCUCCAUGGGUUCGCUUUGCGUGACCUGUACCUCUUCGAUGUAUACUACGACAUAUACCCAAUUGAUGAGUGAAUUCGGAUGUUCGCAAGAAGUUGCGACUCUUGGAUUGUCGUUUUUUAUUUGGGGUCUUGUUGCUAAGAAUACUGAGACCAUGAUUAUCGCUCGGUUCUUGAGUGGACUGUCAGGCAGUGCGUUUUUGAGUGUCGCUGGAGGUACUGUUGGUGACAUGUUUGAUCGCCAUGAACUUGCCUUACCCAUGAUGCUCUACACUGCGAGUCCUUUCGUUGGACCAGAAGUGGGCCCUUUGGUUGGUGGCUUCAUCAAUGCAUUUACCACAUGGCGUUGGACGUUCUAUGUCCUCCUGAUUUGGUCGGGGGUGAUGCUCGCCUCGAUAAUAUUCUUGGUUCCAGAGACCUAUCACCCAGUACUUUUGAGGCGUAAGGCGCAGAACCUACGCCAGGAAACCGGAGACGAGCGAUGGAAAGCUCCGAUCGAAAAGCUACAGCGUUCUAUAGCUCAGACCGUCGUACAUUCCAUGUACCGCCCUAUGCUUCUCUUAACGGAGCCGAUGUGUCUAUGCCUUUGCAUUUUCUCGGCCAUCCUAUUGGGUAUUCUGUACUUAUUCUUUGGUGCUUUCCAGCUGGUUUUCCACGAGAUCUAUGGCCUAUCAAUCUGGCAGCGUGGACUGUGUUUCCUCGGUCUGUUUGUCGGAAUGGUUAUAGCCAUUUUGUCAGAUCCUAUCUGGCGCCGAAACUACGUUCGCUUGGAGCGUAACCAUGAGAUUGCGACGAAAAAGCUCGAUGACUUCCAGCCGGAGUGGCGACUGCCCCCAGCGAUCCUGGGAGGACCCUUGGUUACUAUAGGUCUUUUCAUUUUUGCUUGGACAAUCUAUCCUAAUGUCCAUUGGAUUGCACCUAUCAUUGGCAGUGCUGUUUUUGGUGCAGGGACAAUCCUGGUUUACUCGGGUAUCUUCACAUUCCUAGUCGAUGCGUAUCCAACAUUUGCCGCCAGCGCUCUGGCAGCGAACAGUUUCACUCGGUCAUCCUUCGGAGGCAUAUUUCCACUGUUUGGAAUCCAAAUGUAUCACAACCUCGGAUAUCACUGGGCAACUUCCUUGUUAGCAUUCUUGACCCUUGUCAUGACCCCUUUCCCGUACCUAUUCUUUCGGUAUGGGAGCUGGAUCCGAAGUAAGAGCCGAUUUGCGAAAUCACAGGCGUGA